CCCCUUUAUUUCAAAUUUCCAUAAAAUGUUCAGCCAGAAGGCAAUCAAGCGCGGAAUCAGCGGCGACACGCAGGCGACGCCCGAGGUCGUGCGGCACUCGCGGUACCCGCACCGGCUCUCCGUAUACAGCGACCCGCCGGAGCUGGAGGUCAGCAUUGAGGAGUUUGAGUCGUUCGCACUGGACCGCCUGCAGGUGCUGAAGGCGAUUGAAGACGCACAGAUCCGCAGCUCCAACGAGGCCGACCGCCAUACGCGCAUAUCCUCUGCGGUGGACGCGCACCUGCCCCUACACACAAACCGCUCAAAGCUCCCGCUGCGGCAGCUGAUGGCAGAGCGACGCAAGGACCAUGUGAGCCAUUUCAUCCUCCGCCUGGCCUUCAGCCGCACCGAGGACCUGCAGUCGUGGUUCCUGCGGCACGAGGGGCUUCUUCUGCAGCACCGGUUCCGCGACGCUGACGCGCAGGAGAAGCAGCAUGUGCUGGCCACCAUGCACCUGCCCCUGGUGUAUCUGGCGCCUGGCGAGGGCAUGGACGUGCGCGGCAGCUACUAUUCCAAGCAGGACGCGCUGUUUGAGGUUGACUUUGAGCACGUACUGGACUUGGUGCAGCGCAUGCAGGUUGUGGUGAACAAGGGUCGCGCGCUUGUGCCGCAGGCCGAGAUUGCCACGCUGCUGGUGCAUGAGUUCCGUCGCCAGCUGUCGCGGGCUUUGGCCGUCUGUGCCAAGGCUCUGCCACAGCUGGGCGAGGAUGAGCGUCUGGUGCCGGUUCUUCAGAGCCUGAGCCGCCAGUCGGUCCGCAGCGAAUACCAGCCCACAGGCGCUGCUGGCGAGGUGACUGCCGAUAGCGUCGAUUCCUUGGCUGUGCACUUCCCGCUCUGCAUGCGGCAUCUGCACACUAGCCUGCUGAAGGACCACCAUCUGCGGCAUGGCGGCCGCAUGCAGCUGGGGCUGUUCCUGAAGGGCAUUGGCCUGGGGUUGCCCGAGGCCCUGGUGUACUGGCGCCGCGCAUUCAGCAACCUGACCGACGACCAGUUCCAGAAAGGCUACGCGUACAACAUCCGCCACAACUACGGCCAGGAGGGCCGCCGCGUCAACUACACGCCAUACUCGUGUAAUCGCAUCAUCACCACCAACCCGCCCGGCCCUGGUGACCACCACGGCUGCCCCUUCCGCCAUUUCGCCUCCGACCGCCUCAACGCUGCAUUGCGCCAGGACGGCCUGGGCGAAGCCGAGGCUACCGAGGUCGUCGAGCUGGCCCGCAAUGGCCACUACCAGGUCGCCUGCACCAGGCAUAUGGAGAUCAACCUCAGGAAGCGCCGCACUGAGCCUGCCGAGGAGCUGCGAGUCGAUACUGUCGUCAGCCCGAACCAGUGGUUCGAUCUGAGCGUCGGCAAUGGCAAGCUGCCCGAGUCCUCGCGGUUCGCUGCCAGCGCAGCGCAGCCCCCAGGCAUGACGCAAUGAUUCCGGCGCCAAGCAAAUGUGCGUGAUCGUGUGUGCGAACGUAAAUAGAAA